CCACCGUCCCCCUCCCCCCCGCCGCCGUCGCCAAGCUCCGCAACGCCUUUGCCGCCUUCAUCCACCGCACAGACCCCGCCUCCCCCUUCACCCGCGACGAGCUCUCCAGGAUCCAGGUCUUCUUCACCACCGGCCGCGGCCCCCCCGUCGACUCCCUCGCCCAUGUCCCCAACCUGCAGCUUGUGCAGCUGUGCUCCGCCGGCGCGGACAAGGCCAUUGCCAGUCCCGCAAUGAAGGCGUAUGUGGAUGGGCGAAAGGCUGCGAGCGGCAAGGCAGACAGCAAGGCGGUCAGACUCGCGACUGCCUCGGGCACCCAUGUGCUCUCGAUCCCGAAUUAUGCGGUGGCGAUGGCGAUCGCCUUGCUGCAUCAGCUUCCCCGGCAGAUCGUCGGCGCGCGGACUGAGCAGCGGUGGCUAUCCGAGGAAGAGUGCGAUAUGGACGGCCAAGCGUAUUACGCUCGAAAGACUUUCCACCGUACCGCCGGUCUCCUCGGCUACGGAUCACUAGGCCGCGAAACGGCAAGGCUUCUUAAAGCACAUGGUAUGCGAAUCAUCGCCGCCAACACGUCUGGCAAAGCGACCCUUCAAGACGGGUACGUUAUCCCCGGUACGGGCGAUAAGGACGGCUCCAUCCCAGAAGCGUUCUACUCCACCAAGGAUCCCAAAUCCGUCAAGGAAUUUUUGAAUCAGUGUGACGUCCUGGUAGCCAGUUUACCAAACACGCCAGCGACGCAGUACUUUCUCAACAAGGAAAAGCUAGAGAUGCUUCCCAAGGGCGCCGUACUCGUAAACGUCGGCCGAGGGUCCCUCAUACCUUCCGACGACCUGUUGGCUGUUCUCAACACCCCGCACCUAUUCGGCGCCGCCCUAGACGUGACAGACCCCGAACCUCUACCGGCUCAACACCCCCUGUGGUCCCACCCGAAAUGUAUCAUCACCCCGCACUUGUCGGGAAACACACAAGGUGAGAUGGAGAUUGCGGCCGAUGUGUUGCUGUUUAAUGUCCAGAGGAUGAAGGAUGGGAAAGAGGUUGUCAAUGAGGUCAGGUGGGACAGGGGGUAUUGAUGCGGGGGGGUUAUGCGAGAGACAAGUGUUAUCUGGGAUACGUUGUUUGGAUCUUCCUGUCAGUAAAAGAAUGCAAUUAGUUUCAAAAGAAUAACUAUGCCAUGCUUUAUGAACAGACUACUUUCAUUACUAGAUAUCGUCCCAGAAACUUUUUGCUGCGACUUUUCUUUGCUUCUUUUUCCUCUGCAUCUCACCCACACUCGCGCUCCAUCUCUUUACGCCCCUCCCCCC